AUGUCUGCCAACGUCGAAUAUCUCACUCAACCAACGGAAGCUGUUGACUUCGAGGCUGAUCCAUUGGAAGCGAUGACUACAUACGCUCGCAGAAUGCAUCAACACACCCAACAGCAGAUGGAUGCCGCAACCCGAUCGGCUCGGCGUCGAAGUCCUGUUCUCGCUGAUGCUAACAACACGUUAUCAACCAAGAGCAGUAUCAGUAGCUCUUCAUCACGAGCCUCAUUUUGA